AUGGGCUCAAUCGAUGAUACAAACUUUGUUUUGACGGCAGAAGCCCUCAACAAGGCCCUGCCGGAUAUGCACCCUUCAACAAGAGGGAUUCAUGCCGACGACUUCUUUACCCCCCACCGAGCUAUCGCUCCCGGCAUGCACACAGCGGUGAAUUUCCGUUAUGCCCGAGACGCAGAGGAUCUAGUCCCAGAAGAAAACAACGAUCCAAACAACCCGAAUGACUCUCACGUAUAUUCCCGAUACACCGCACCAAACUCCAAGCGACUAGAAGUCGUGCUUCGCAGCCUGAUGGGCGGCGAAGUAAUCACAUACUCGACCGGACUCUCAGCAUUUCACGCAAUGGUGAUCCUCAUCAAUCCCAAAAAGAUAUUCAUUGGAGACGGGUAUCAUGGAUGUCAUGGUGUCUUGGAUAUUAUCCAGAGACUAUCAGGGAUUGAAAAACUGGAGUUGACCGAUGUUGAUCAAGCCGGGCCAGGCGAUAUAAUCCACGUCGAAACACCACUGAAUCCAACCGGCGAAGCAAGGAACCUAGCUUAUUACAGGGAAAAAGCAACUGCAAAGGGCGCAUACUUAACAGUUGAUGCGACAUUUGCCCCUCCUCCACUUCAGAAUCCCCUCGAUCUUGGAGCCGAUAUAGUCAUGCAUAGUGGAACAAAGUAUGUUGGUGGACACUCUGAUAUGCUAUGCGGCAUUCUGGUCCUUGCGCCUGAGCGUGUGAAGGAGGACUGGUUGAAAACGUUACAUACAGACCGCCAGUACAUCGGUAGCGUCAUGGGAAGUUUUGAGGGGUGGUUGGGUAUUCGGUCUGCGCGUACCAUGCAGCUUCGGGUAAUGAGGCAGGCGGAGACGGCUACGAAGCUUGCGGCUUGGCUUGCUGAUCAGGUGAAUGAUGCGAAGUCUCCGGUUUCGAAAGUUGUGAGUCAUGUUCAGCAUGCGUCUCUUCAGAAGGAGAAUUUGGAGGAUGGUUGGCUUCAGAAGCAGAUGCCUGGUGGGUUUGGACCGGUGUUCUCCAUUUGGACUCAUGAUCCGGAGCAUGCAAGGCGUUUGCCAACGAGGAUGUAUGUUUUCCAGCAUGCCACUAGUUUGGGGGGUGUGGAGAGUUUGAUGGAGUGGCGGACUAUGAGUGAUAAAGGAUGUGAUAAGCGGUUGCUGCGGGUUAGUUGUGGUAUUGAGGAGUUGGAGGAUUUGAAAGGGGAUAUCUUGCAGGGGAUGGAGUCGUUGCUACGUGAUUUCCCUUGCUAG